AAUCAAUAGUAUGCAUUGUUUACCAAUGUUCCAUACAGAUGUACACAUAUAAUGAAGCCUCUGACACAUUGCAUCAUUAGACUUGUUUAGACAUGUGGACCGUGGUCUAUUUAUAGACCAAAACAUUGCUUAUGUAAUACGGGAAUUUCCGCCAAGUUAAGAGCAGUUUGUUUUGGGCGCCAUAUUGAAAAGUUGAUAGUGCGAAGAAAAGUGAUAAACUGGUUCAAAGAACAUGAAUACCGACAUGGAAGGUGAUGGUGGUCAGCUGAAUGAAGACGGUCCCGAUGGAUCUGUGCUCCGGCAAAGAAGGAGACACAGAUCAUUUACUGAGAAACGGCGAAACUCCAUGAAUCUAACACCUUUAGUUAUGCCAGGAAAUGAGUCCGGCUCUUUCAGUGGAUUCAGUUUCCCGUCACGUUUUGGCAGAAAGGAAGACAUUAAAGGGGAGAGCAAGGAAUUGUUUGAACAUUUUGUUUGUGAUGAGAUAAGCAGGGAACACCUGUAUGUACCUGAUGACUGGGCCUCGUCAACAUUGUCAGGAUGCUCAGGAAUAAGUAUUCCUUUCCACUUCAGUACCCCACAGGGUUAUAAAAAUCCUACAUGGGCAAAAUAUGGUCGAGAGCUGAGAGUAAUGGCCGAUGAAUUUGCCCAAACCAAGGAACGGCAGCAUAUAAAAAAACGAGCUGGAGGUGUGAACAUGAAUUCAGCUACCUAUGAAAGCUUCAGUGACAUGUUAUCGGAGCUAUUUUUUAGCGAAAGUAUUUCCACAGCUAUAACGAGGGAGAGACUUGUUGUCCUCUUCUUCUUCUGUUCUGAUAUUGUAAUCCGCUCUUUGAAAGCUAAAGCCACACACUUGUUUAAAAAGUUCAUCGAGUGGUCGACACAGUUCAUAACUAGUAAAGUGGCUGAGUGGAUAGAGAGGCUCGGAGGCUGGGGUACUGUUAUGAGGACAUCUGGACGUCUCUUCACUAACAUUUUAAUGAUCAGUGCUUGUGUCUUUGUCGCGUUUGCGAUAGGAAGGGUUAUCAUCCGCAGGAACUCUGGAUAGGACGUACAGACCUGUUAAUCACACAGGUCUUACAGUAUGCAUGCUACAGACUGACCGGUGAAUACUAAAUACACUGUCCACCACUGCACACAUGGCGUCAGGAUGGUCAACAUUGUGAGCAGUACUAAGAGGAAUGAAGAAUGUUUAUGUAUGGUACUUUCACUGGGUUUCCCAUAACAAAUGAAUGACAUGCAUGUUAAAAAUAAGUCAUGAUCAAGUCCUGAACAGAUUUAGCACUAUCAACCAACAACAAAAAUGAAAUUAUUUUUGAAGAAAACAAAUUUAUGGUACCAGAUUUUUGAUUAAACAUUGUGGCUGAUACAAGCUAGUUUAAGUAUUGAGGUGUUCAGCUCUCAGGUAUUUCACCAACAUACUACAAUGUAGGAUCAGCUGGUAGCGGUUGAUUUCCAUAAGAACUUUUUUUCCAACACUUUAAAAUUUAAAGCACAAAGUGCACAAUAAUUUUUGAAGGCAAUUUUAUUCAACAUUAUCAUGUAAGUAAUAAAUUUGUAACGCUGCAAAAGCGCAAGAAAGAAUCGAAUGAUAUGUUAUUGGUAUACAGUGGAGUGGAUGAAGUUUGGAAGGUACUUAUCCUUCUACAGGCAUUUGAUCCUACCCUAGAAUGCUCACAGAAUAUAAACUGUAUAAUUCCUACUUGUAAUAUAUAAUUAAAAACAUGACAAAACAGUUCUGAUAUUAAAUUUUUAAUUGAAAUGACUUUAACUGUAUGACAAGUUUCAAUGAAUUAUCAAUUUCCAACUUUUUAAUAUUUCUGUUUGUGUGUCAAAAAAGGUAUCCUGAUUGUAAAUUCUAUAUUUUUCACUUCAGAAACAAUUAAAAAAUCUUUCCGUUGAGAGUAUUUUUAUAAGAAGAGUUAAUCAUAAAUUAUUUUUGUCAUCAAAAGCUGUAUAUAUUGAACAAAUUGACCUAAAUUUUAACAUGAACACUAAAUCCAGAUAGGUGAUAUAUUCUUGAUAGCUUU